GUUAGCCUUUCCAUAUGCUUCAUCUAUAACGUCAACCGUAGACAAAUUAUCGACUGUUUCCAAUUGUUUCAAUCGAACAGCCGAAACCGACAUCCAGCUGUUUGUAUUUGAUCAACUGUGUUCGUCAAAUCGCACAUUACCCCGAAUAGAAUGCGCCUAGCCAAUUUUGCUCAUUCGUUUCCAGUCUUUCAUCGCUACCAUGUGGCCGCAGUUUUUAGUACUAGCACUGUUUCUGUCGCUUCCGCUUGAGGGUCAUCCGGCCAAGCUGAAGAUCAGCCUGGCAGAUAAGUCGGAAGAUGACCUGGUGGCUCUCAUGCACGACAUCUCCAAGCUGCUGGGCGUCAGCAAUGGUUCUUCACCUGGGCCGAUCGACAAAGAGGUGACUUUUAGCUGCAAAAACCGAACGAGUGGCACUUUCCAUCGAGUACUGCUGAAUGAUGCCAAAGUUUACCGGAAGAUUGAUUUCAAGAAACCCAUCGCCUUCAUUAUCCACGGGUGGAACAGUACGGUGAAGCAACCGCAGUUUCUGGACAUGGCACGGAACUACAGUCGUUUCGUCGACAGCAACGUGUGCCUACUGGAUUGGUCUAAUUUGUCUAGCUAUGAUUACGAAAUUGCGGCAAGGCACAGCCUUAAAAUGGUGGUGGCGUACUUCUCACGGUUUCUGCGUUUUCUUAACCUCAAUGGGAUGAGUUACGAUAGGGUUACGUUGAUUGGGCACAGUUUAGGAGCGCAAAUUAGUGGAUUUGUUGGAAAGAAUUUCAACGGAUCGAUUGGGCAGAUAUUUGCUCUAGAUCCUGCCGGUGUUCUGUUCACGCUGCCGGAUGAUGUUGGCGAGAAGAACCGGUUGGCGCCAACGGAUGCAAGGUACGUGCAAGCUAUUUACACUUCAAGAGGUGACCUGUCGAUGGAUGUUAGCGCAGGACAGCAAAAUUUCUGGGUGAAUGAUAACGGUGCACAUCCUCAGCCGGGAUGUAAGGAUGUUGGUAAGGGCAAAGGAAUGUUGACGCAGUAUUUCGAAUCGCUCGUGUGUAGUCAUAGGAUGGCUAUCGUGUACUUUACUGCAGCGAUUGAUCCUGCCGUGAGCUUCACGAUGAAACGCUGUUCAGCCUAUUGGAUGUACAACACUGGACUGUGUUACUUUGGCAAGAAGGAUGUUCUUGGUAUCCACGCCAAAAGGAUCACUGGAGAUUUCUAUGGAAGUAUUGUUCUACCGUAUCCAUAUAGAUCCUAGGAUAUAUAAAAAUUCUUUAAUAUUGUACAAAUGUUUAAUAAUUCAAUAAAGAGAGAAAAAAUAAGU